UCUCUCGUAUCUCUCAAUCUCACCACUUUCACAACCCCAUCUCACCAAACAAGUAAAAACAAUAAUUAACUCAAAUUUCACCAAAUUAUCUUUCUUAACCGAAUAGAUAAGGAGAAUGGAAAGCUUAACCCUAACCGGAUUACUCAAAAACAUCGCCGAGAAAUUCCCAUCUCGGCGAGCAAUCUCUGUUUCUGGAAAAUUCGAUAUCAGCCACUCUCGUUUACAUCAACUUGUUGAACAUGCCGCCUCUUGUCUCCUUACCGCCGGUGUACAUCCCGGAGAUGUCGUCGCACUUACCUUCCCUAAUACAAUCGAGUUUGUGAUUAUGUUCUUAGCGGUGAUACGAGUUCGAGCCACAGCAGCACCACUAAACGCAGCAUACACAUCAGAAGAAUUCGAGUUUUACCUUUCCGACUCAGAAUCAAAACUCCUCCUAACUUCACCUGAAGGCAACAAAGCAGCAGAAACCGCCGCUUCAAAAAUCAACCUCCCACACGCCACCGCUUCACUAACAUCUCCUGACUCGGAACUCACUCUCUCCCUGACUCACCCCGAGUCAGACUCACCCAACUCGGUCACCUCACUCAUCAAUGACCCAUCCGACGUGGCACUCUUCCUCCACACUUCCGGGACCACCAGCCGUCCUAAAGGGGUCCCACUUAGUCAAUUCAACCUCGUUUCCUCCGUUUACAACAUUAAAUCGGUUUACAGACUCACUGAGUCUGACUCGACUGUGAUCGUUCUGCCUUUGUUUCACGUUCACGGGUUGAUCGCCGCGUUACUGAGUUCACUCGGUGCUGGCGCCACGGUUACUCUCCCUGCUGCGGGGAGAUUCUCUGCGACGUCGUUUUGGGGGGAUAUGAAGAAGUAUAAUGCCACGUGGUACACUGCGGUUCCUACGAUACAUCAGAUCAUCCUCGAGCGCCACCUCAGCAAGCCUGAGACGGAGUACCCGAAGCUCCGGUUUAUAAGGAGCUGUAGCGCUUCUUUAGCGCCGGUGAUAUUGAACCGGCUUGAGGAGUCAUUCGGUGCGCCUGUUUUGGAAGCGUAUGCGAUGACGGAAGCAUCUCAUUUGAUGUGUUCUAACCCGUUGCCUGAAGAUGGGCCUCAUAAGGCGGGCUCAGUUGGGCGACCCGUGGGCCAGGAGAUGGGUAUUUUGGAUGAGUAUGGAGUGGUCCAAGGACCCGGGUCUAAAGGGGAGGUUUGUAUUCGAGGCCCAAAUGUUACAAAAGGGUAUAAGAAUAACCCGGAAGCGACUAAGUCGGCCUUUCAAUUCGGGUGGUUUCAUACGGGUGAUGUCGGCUUUUUUGAUGAAGAUGGUUUUUUGCAUUUGGUGGGUCGGAUUAAGGAGCUUAUUAACCGUGGAGGAGAAAAGAUAUCACCAAUUGAGGUGGAUGCAGUGCUGUUAUCCCAUCCAGAUGUUGCGCAAGCUGUUGCUUUCGGGGUCCCUGAUGACAAAUAUGGGGAGGAGAUAAAUUGUGCAGUCAUUCCAAGAGAAGGGGUGGAGAUGGACGAGGAAGAGGUGACAAAAUUCUGCAAGAAAAACUUGGCAGCAUUCAAGGUUCCUAAGAAGGCUUUCAUCACUGAUUUUCUACCGAAAACUGCAAGCGGGAAAAUUCAGCGAAGAAUUGUGGCUGAACACUUCCUUGCCCAGAUAUCAACUGCUAAAGUUCCCAAGUUUGGGGCUUAGUGACCGAGUGUAUGCCACCUUGUUUUUGAGGUGGUCUGAAAUUGACGAUGCACAAUGCCAUGGACUGUUCUGGGUUUUAGCUUGGCAGUACUGUCCAUUGAAUGAACCUUGCGCAUCUUUCGUGUAUUUCUGGAAUCGUAAUCCGCUUUUUCUUCCCUAAUCCUUGUAUAGGUUAUGGAUGAGGGGAUAUUAGGUGAUAGUCUGAUAGAUAUAUCAGAAAUACAACUAAGUCAUUGUAGGACGCCGAAAAACAUCAUAAUGAAAUGUAUCAGAAACAUGUUUUAUGGUUGAUAUAUAUUCACUAUUCAGUACUA